UUGUCUUCACUUGAAUCUUCGCCAAAAAUCUUAGAAAAUGGGAAGGGCAACCAGUUCAUCUUCAUCUUCCAUCGAGAGCAGCACCCAUUUUGGGUUUCCAAGCAAUGGUGCUUCUUCGUCUUCUUCCUCGCAGAGGGACCUCAGCACUGAUCUCAGGCUUGGUCUUAGCAUUUCAGCCUCUCGUCCCUACGCAAGGGGGCAGCCAUCGCUGUUAAGGCAGGUGGUUUCUGAAGAAGAAAAUGAGUGCAACAGUGCAACUUUCUUCGUAAAGGUGUACAUGGAAGGGAUUCCUAUUGGUAGAAAACUGAACCUGUUAGCUCACGAGAAUUACUAUGAUCUGAUAAGGACACUGGAGAACAUGUUCAACACAAACAUUAUCUGGGCUGAACCUGAAGCUGAGAUGGAUGGAGAUCGUUACGAAAAAUAUCAUGUGUUAACAUACGAAGACAAGGAAGGGGACUGGAUGAUGGUUGGUGAUGUUCCUUGGGAGAUGUUCUUGUCAUCUGUGAGGAGACUGAAGAUCACCAAGUGCUAAAUUUUGGUACAAAAUCC